AUGUUGAAAUCUUUAUUUUAUUAAAUUAGCUAAGUAUUAUUUUCUGAUGGUUUAAAGAAUGUAUGGAUAAUACUCCUAAGUGUCAGUAAUAACAUAUCAUUAAUUUAUUACAUUGCUUGCUUAGAGAAUAGGGAUUUUUCUAAAGGAGGUUUGUUCUUCGUGUACAUGUGUGUGCCAAUAAUAAAUACAUUUUAUUCUUUAAUUAUGUUCUGCUUAAAUUUAAUUAUCACUUUAAAAAAGGACUUUGCUUCCUUUUAAAAUUGCAGAAGCAUCACAAUAAAAUAAGCUUUACUACUUGUUAAAUGCAUUCUAUCAAAUAUUAUUUGGGCUAUUAUAAAUGCUUUGCUAAUUGAAUUGAGAUUGGUUGAGCUUAUAUCUUAAUUUGCAAUCUAUAGCAAACAUAGUAUAACAAUAAACAGGGAUUUAGAAAAAUAUUUAUUGGAUAAUAACCUUUGGGAACAUAAAUAAGAUUUAUAUGUUAAUAAUACUAAUUAGUAGAACAUAGAUACAGAUAUUAUAUAAUUAGAGAUAUGUGAGACUGAAAACCAGUUUUUACCAACUCAGUAAGAUCAAAAAUUAGAAAGUGUACAGAGCAGAAAAAUGAUAUUUAAUUAAAAUUUAUAGUCUUAAAAUGCGAAUGCUAGAAAUAAAUAAGGAAAGUAAUAAAAAAAUUCUAUCCUAAUAGCUAAGCAAGAUGGGACUAGUUCUAUUAAUAGAGAUUUUAUAUAUUUUAAUAAGUAAAAACUACAAAAAAUAGAUAUUUAGUAAACCUAAAAUAAAUUAACUGAGGAUAUUAUCUUCCAUUAAAGCCAGGAAUUCAGUUUGAAAGAUAUUUUUACAAAUUAAAUAUUUAAGCUGAGUUUGUAAAUAUAGCUAAAAAUCAAUGUAAUAUUCAGAUCGAUACCAUUUAUUGCAAUUUUAAUAAUUGUAGAAAAUUAAUUUUUGCAUCUUUAAACAUUUUGGUUAAACAUUUUUGUUGUUAUUUAGUGGAUUUAUGAUAGCUUUGAUAAAUAAUUAAUAUUAAAAAUAAACUAAAUAAUUUAAAAAUUGCUUGAAAUCAAUUAAAAGGGAUUUUUAAUUAAGAACUAGCUUAAUGCAUUAGACCUACCAUCAUAAGUUUGCUUAUUAAAUUCAGAUAUUUUUUACAAAUUUACUAAAUUAAAAAAUGCUAAAUAAUAUGAAAGAGUCACAGAUUUAUAAAUUAUAUUUAAUGAAAAAGAAAAAAUACUUAAUUUUGAUGAUUUUGAUACCAAAAUGUUUAUUUUAGGCGACAAAUUAAAUAAUUUAAUAAAAUUAUAGCUCAUUUGUAGGUAUCAAUUAAAUUUAAUAAAAUUUUUUUAACAUUUUAAUUUAAAAGUUAAAAAUUAGAUAAAUAAGAUUAUUCGUCAGUGA